UGCAGAAUUUGCUCGAGGAAGACUACGCUUUAUUUUUUAUUUUUUUAUUUAAUUAAAAGGAGGAGGAGAAGAAGAGAUGUGCACGUUAGAAAAGCGAGGCAACAUCUAUAUCCUCACCCUGAUUGGCCCAGGCGAGCACAGACUAAACCCCACACUGUUCGACUCCAUUCAAUCAGCUCUCCGGCGGCUGCGUGCGGAGCCAGCCUCCCCUUCUUCCGCUCUCAUCACCACCGCCCAAGGCAAAUUCUUCUGCAAUGGUUACGAUCUCGCCUGGGCCCGAUCCGCUCCGUCAACAGCCAUUACUCAGUCCCGUUACCAGCUCAUGUCAUCAAAACUCCGGUCUCUAAUCUCCGACUUGAUCUCUCUUCCCAUGCCUACAAUCGCCGCCGUCACUGGACACGCGUCAGCCGGAGGCUUUAUAUUUGCUUUAGGUCAUGAUUAUAUGUUGAUGAGAAAGGAUAGAGGUUUCCUUUACAUGAGUGAGCUUGAUAUUGGAUUGGUUAUUCCCGCUUGGUUCAAUGCAAUUCUGAAGUCCAAAAUCGGAGAUACGAAUGUGAGGAGAGAGUUGGUGUUGACGGCGGCGAGGUUGACAGCAGAAAUGGCGGUGGAGAGAAGAAUCAUCCAGUCGGCACACGAUAGCUCGGAGGCGACCAUCGAGGCAGCGGGAAGGUUGGGAGAGGAGCUGGUGAAUAGGAAAUGGGAUGGACACGUGUAUGCAAAGAAUAGGCUAGCAGUUUGGGGCCGUGAGGUGUUGGAUAAGAUUGGAUUUGAUGAAAUUGUUGAGGGACAAAAUGGAGAUAGUAAUGAUAAAUCAAAGCUGUAAUAUUGAUUUUAUUUUUCCUACUGAUUCUUCUUUGAUCUCGUCUUUAUCGUUGAACUACUAUUAAUAAUAAAUUAAUAUUAAUUUUAAAAAAA